AUGGUUGGACCAACCGUGCUCCGAGAGCUGCUGGCAAUUAGUAAGUUCUCAAAGUAUGACCGAUACUUCGCCCGGUUUCUCGGUUGGUACGAAGAUGAACACUUUGGUUAUCUGGCCAUGGAAUAUUUGCAGCAUGGAACUCUGUAUGAUGCGAUCCACAAAAAGGAAAUCAGGUUGCGGGAAUCGGAAGCGAAGAUGAUCAUACAACAGCUGCUUGAGGGGCUGAUCAUUAUGCACAACCACGACUACGCCCACCGCGAUCUGAAGCUUGAGAACAUCUUUGUUGCUUCUCCCGGCCCCAAGUGGAGGAUCAAGAUUGGUGACUUUGGUACAUACGUCUACUUGACUGUUUUGGAACAUCCAAAGCUAACGUUAUGGGAACUUUCAGGAAUAUCCAAGCGCAUCUCAGACGGUUCCGUCCUCUGCACCAUGGACCGAUGCACACCGGAGUAUGCGGCCCCCGAAAUGACAGAGAUAGUCGGAAAGGUUGCGAGCUCCAAGGGGUACCAGUACACCAAGGCCGUUGAUAUCUGGGCUGUUGGAGUAAUAGCAUUCGAGCUCCUGGAUGAGGAUGGUGCUCGACCAGUCAAGUAUACUGACCUUAAAGAUUACUACAACGGCCGGAUGAAGUUCCCAAGGAAGCGUCUGGAACGCAAAGUGCAUCCGGACGGGAUUGAUCUGCUUGCCCAAAUGCUUAAGCCAUUUGCAAAAGACCGACCAUCGGCGGCCGAAGCUCUGGACAAUUCAUGGUUCUGUCGGGAAGAGUUCCAGCCACCACGGACGCUGUGGUGUACAUAUUGCGAUUUGCCAAUUCGUGACGAGGAGUUACCCAACUCCUUCACGACUCAUGACGGUGAGCUACCCUGCAUUUUAAACCUGGUUGGAGACUGA